AUGCCGCCAGCCCGGAAAAAGGGCAAGGGCCCCAUCAAGAGGCACCACGCCUUCCACGGCGUCAUCAUGGUCUUAGGCUGGCUGCUCCCUCCCUUGGCCGUGCUCGUCCGCUUCGGUGUCGGGUUUGAUUUCUUCAUCAACAUCUUCCUCACCAUCUGCGGCUACAUCCCCGGCCACGGACACAACUUCUGGAUCCAAAACAUCCGCAACAACAAGAAUGCAAAGCACUCGCCUGCCUGGGCCAUCCGGUACGGGCUGGUCAAGGACUACCGCGUCAAGAAGACGGGCUCCGGCUGGUCGGACCGCUACGGUCAAGGCGCCACCGACUUCCAGAAUGCCGACAUCGUCGUCGACCCCGUCACUGGAGAGACGAGGCGCGACGACCGCCUCGACGAGCACUCGAGGCGCGGCAACAUUGGCGGCGGGCACCGUUUCCCGGCACCGUGGGCCAACAACCUCGACGGCAGCCCGCGGGCCGAGAGGGAGGACCCGUACGAGGAAGACAACAGGGGCGGGCAGAGGGGCGGCGGCCGUCCAGUGCGGGAUCCCGUCACUGGCGCCAUCAUUGACGAUGGCUCCGGCGGCGACCGCCACGGCAACGGCAACUACAGCGCCAACAGCCUCUCCCGCUCCAGCUCGCGACGCAGCCUGGGCAGCCGCUACGCUGAGCGCUACGGCCUCGGUGCCGGCGACAACUCUUCGCGGGACUCGAACAGCUUCAACCAGGAUGCGCAGCAGCACCACGGAAGCUCGGGGGGAAGCCGCUGGGGAGGCCUGUCCGGCUCGAGCAAGAAGAAGAGCGGCAAAAAGGACCGGUGGGCCAGGGAGGCGGAUGUCAUGGGCGAUCCGCAGCGGGGCUCGUACCGCAGCGACAGCUUUGGCAGCUACGACGACGACCGUUCGAGCGACUUGGCGGCUCCCCGAGGCGGCAGCGGCGGCGCCAAGAACGGCCGCACCAUCCGCGACCCGAUGGAGGACCGCCACGACUUCUGA